GCCAUCCCGGAAGCGCGAGCAAGGCCGCCAGAUGUGCAGGCAGCAGAGGAGGAGGAAGAGAUGGACCCCCCGGCCUCGGCCUCGAGGGUCUUCUGCAGUCGCAUCCUGAGCAUGGUGAACGUGGAUGAUGUCAACGCCAUCAUCCUGGCGCAGAAGAACAUGCUGGACCGCUUUGAGAAGACCAACGAGAUGCUGGUGAACUUCAACAACCUAUCAAGCGCCCGCCUGCAACAGAUGAGCGAGCGCUUCCUGCACCACACGAAGACCCUGAUGGACAUGAAGCGGGACCUGGACAGCAUCUUCCGCAGGAUCAGGACGCUGAAAGGGAAGCUGGCCAGGCAGUACCCAGAGGCCUUCAGCCAUGUCCCGGAAGCAUCCCUUCUGGAGGACGAUGAUGAAGACCCCAUCCCGCCCAGCACCACGACCACCAUCGCCACCUCGGAACAGAGCACAGGCUCCUGUGACACCAGCCCAGACACCAUCUCACCUUCCCUCAGCCCUGGCUUCGAGGACCUAUCCCAGGUUCGGCCUGACUCCCCUGCCAUCAAUGGCUGCAGCCAGACGGAUGACAAGGAGAUCCUGGGCCAGUAGCCCUGUUCCCAGGCAUGCCGAGAGAUCACAGGGCUCUCCAGGGCUCUGAGGUGGCAGCGGAUAACCUGUCUGGAGAUGGUCAGCUUUGCCACCCUAUUCUGUCAUCCAGGGCACCCUGGGGGACAAGGCUCCCUCCCAGGGUUGUGGAAUUCUCGGGAAUCUAUCAUUCUCAUUCCUUCCUCACUAAGAGUAUCUCUCUCCAGAAGACUCUGCAAGGCCAGGGGAUGAGCAGCCACAUGAAGUUGUUGGGCUGGGCACAAGGAAUCUUUUCCAGAGCCAGGCCUGAGGUGUGCUCUGAACAACACUUAAAGGUUCCCAAAGACAAAAGCCAGAUGUCCCAUUUUAGCACCCGUCAGGAUCUCCUUGAGGUGGAGAAGCACUAUCAUGUCUCAGUUCACCACACCCCACUCCUGCACCUACUAAUUCUGGUCUCCCUAUCCCUUCCUCCAAUGAAAGUAUUAAAUACUUUCUCUAGUCAGUAUCUCAAGGAGGUUUCUGAAACAGUUGUAGAAAGCUCAAGACCAUCCAUUCAGCCCCAAGCGUGAUAAGGCCUAUGUUUCUCUGACCAGAGAUGUGAACCCUGAGGGCCCUGCAGACCUCUCCCAGGGCCUCCAUGAAGCCGAGCCACCUUGGAAAACAGAAUUUAACAGAAUAUUUUUGUAGCCGAUGUUUACAGAUGCUGUUGGGAAGUUAUCAAUAAAAAGACUAAAAAGAGAA